CAGAAGAUUAUCAUGUUUGUGUCCCCAAAACAAAACACACACUUUGCCUCCAAAGUCUAAACUCAAAAGCCUCCUAUCCAACACACUCACCCAAAAUGAAGGCAACUACCUCCAACUGCAAGUGCAACCAUCACCUGCGGCUUUCCUCCAGCUUGUACUCUCCUUCACCCAUCUCUCGCCAACUCAUCUUCCCCCCAAGUCAACGGCGGCCACGUCUGUGUUUCACUGAUUCGACAGGUAUAAAAUUGUACACUCAUAAGCCAGGUGGCGCAAUCCGGGCCGUCGGUGGAGAGGUGUCAGCUUGGGAUGAGAAACCUUAUGAAAUAGUUGACAAUGGUAAAAAAGCUUACUUGGAUGAACAAGAUGUGGUCUCAUUUCUUGACCCUCCUAAGGAGUUGAUUCCUCUGGACCCUUCUUCUUAUAAUCCAGCUGCAUAUCUUUGGAAAAAGAUUGAAGAUAUUUCUGAGGAAAGGCGUUACCAUUUGCUGAACUUGCUGAACCCUAGGCUUAUAUCAAGAGCUUGGCAGAUAGCUGGUACACGAUACGAGGAUCCUAAGCUAGCAAAGAAAACUGCAUCCACGUUGUCUAGUGAAGAUGGUGUAAUGCUUGAAUAUUACAACUGCCGGACAAGUGGAGGGCCAAUGCCUAUUGCUUGGAUUAAUUUCUUCAAGAAGGCUAUAUUUUCUUGCAAGGAUGGGAAGACCUAUGGACGAUUUAUUGGUGGAUCAUUACUGUCUGCAUUUGCAAAUUCUUUUUAUCCAUUGUAUUUUGAAGUGAGACAAGUUAAGGAAGUUAUGUCAACUGAACAGCCUUGUGAUUUAGCAUAUGAUUUUGGGGAUGGCCUUUUGGAUCUUGAAGAAUAUCCACAAGGCUUUCCAAGACCAGUAAAACAUCCAUAUCCCUUCAGCGAUCAGGUUGUUCUAUAUAUUCGUCAUCUUGGACCGGGAGUGUCAGUAGGGCAAGCAUGGCAAGAAGGAAAAGCAUUAGAGCAAGUGCCUCAAAAGUUAUGUGGUGAGAUUCUAAUGGUGAAAGAUUAUGCUGUAUUAUCUGAAAAUCACUAAGAGAAUCUACUAGUAGUUCUGUUAAGAGAGGUGAAAGAUUAAUGCUAAUCAUUAGUUUAGAAAGGCCUUCACACUAAAUCCCUAUAUACAAUUGAUUUGUCAAUAUGUAACGGAGAAAGGUACUGCAAAUUUGAUGCAGAAAAGGGGCAGAGAAUAUAUGAAAAUAUCAAAGCUAAUUGAACCAUUGAUAACUGUGGAAAUUUUUUAUAAUUCAAAUUACCAAGUUCUCUUUUCUUUUUUUCA